AUGGCCAUGGAUGGCUCCAUCGGGCUCAGGUUCGUGGGCCUCUACAGCACUGAUGCAAAGGUGCCCAUGAUUCAAAAGGCACCACCGUUCAACUCCGUUCCAUUGCCAUGCGCAGAAAUUCAGAUCGUCACGUUGAUCACGAGCUGUGCCUCAGCCACGGGAUGCGCUUCUCUGCUGCUGGCACGCCUAGGCUUUUCUGCGAUUUCCUCUGCCAUUUUGGGCGGGGCUGCAGCAUGGCCAUUUGGUUUGUUGGUGAAAGCCUUGCGAGGGACCCCAGGAGGACUGACCAUUGGAACAGAAAUGGACAUCACCACUGCCAGGUAUGAAUGGCGACCCUGGUCCCCUGCCCACAUUGACAUGAACGAGGCUUCGAAGCACCUGUUGCGACAUCACCACUCCUGUGCCGUGAUGACUCGGGUUGAGAUGUCCUCAUUUCGUGUGGAGGACCUGAUGAUGAACCUGGAGACGUUUUUGUCAAGAGCCACUUGA